CCAUCGUUUUUCAUGAGCUCACCCUCUGGCCACUUCUUUGCUUCUCCCUUCUUUUUCUAUUGCUCUGCUCCCUCGCGCGCGCCGCCCACCAGCACCAAGCAACAGCACCUGCAGCGGUCCAUCAGCUCGCUCGCUUCGCUUCGCAGUUCACACGUACUACCCCGCGGCGCGGAGGGAGCUCCCCAUCCAUCCCCGUCCAUAACUAAAUUGUUCACUCGCCCGGUUAGGCAACCGCAACCACCGAGAGUUGAAGCCCGGGGACGCGGGAGGCAUAUAUAGCGGAGCACCCCGGGGAUUGGAUUCGGAGGAGCAGUUGGGGACGAGAAGGGCGGCACGGGAGCGAGGGGAAGAAGAAGCGUCUCGAGUCGACGGGAAGGGGAAAGCAGAGGCAGCGGCGUCCUCCGAUCAUCGGCGGCAGCUCCUGAUGUCCUGGGGGCCUGUCGGCUCAUGGAAAAUUCAGACGCCAGACCGGUUCGCCGUGUGAGAUGUCCGAAGUGCCACAGCGUUCUUGAGGAGCCCGGCGCACCCGUCUACCAAUGCGGUGGAUGCGGCACUAGUCUUCGAGCGAAAAACCGCACCGGCAACACAGGAGAUGCGCCCAAGGGUUCGCCUUCACCUUCAAGGAGUGCGCUGCCUCCUCAGAGCAGACACUUGGACUCCACUGACGUCGCGAGCACCAGCAGGUCCAGCACCCCCACUUCUCUUGAGGCCACGAGCAGCAGGCACCGAGCCACCGACACGACAAGCCGGCAUGAGUCCGGUGAUCUCGUGUCGGCGAGGAGGCAUGGUUCCAGUGAUGUUGCCAGCACCAGCAGCACUCCCACUGUUACAAGUAGCAGGUGCCAAGGCACUCACACGAGAAGCCAAGGCGAGUCCGGCGAUAUCGUCUCGGCGAGGAGGCAUGGUUUCGGUGAUGUUGCCAGCACCAGCAGCACUCCUACUGCUACAAGUAGCAGUCGCCAAGGCAUUGACACAACAAGCCGACGCGAGUCCGGUGAUCUCGUGUUCGCGAGGAGGCAUGGUUCUGAUGAUGUUGCAAGUACCAGCAGCACCCCUGAUGCCACAAGCAGCAGGCGCCAAGGCACUGACACGACGAGCCGACGCGAGUCCGGUGACCUUGUGUCGGCAAGGGAUCGUGUUUCUGGGCAAGAAGCAGUGAUCGAGAAGAGGGAACAUGAUCAGAGUGUUGCCAAUCAGGAGGUCUUUGACAAUUCUGAAGGUCGCAGACCAAGAGACGGCGGUGUCGCCGAGCGCACUGCUACUUCUCCCGGCGUCAGUGUCCACUUCCCCGGAGGAAACAAAGAUGCUACUUCUGAAUUGCAGGACGAUACAGAGAAGAGGAUGACACGCCAGGCUGAAUCACCCGACGCUGCAAGAAAGAAACAUUCAGGUGAAGCCGCAGUGCAGCCACAGUACCACCACCAUCACGAAGAACUUGCGCCGAAAUCAGCUCAAGCCCCAGCUGUUCAGUCUGCACGAGAUGUGUUGGCAAAGGAAGAUGACACUGUUGCUGCUGCUGCCGGGGAAAAGGCGUUGAGCCCCUCCCGCCAUGAGCUUGAAGCAGAAAACUUGGCCCCCUUGCGGAAGAAGAUUCUGAAGACAGUGGAAGAGCUGAAAGGCGACCUCUCUGAACUUUUCAGGAAGUCCCCAGAGCUCAAUCCAACGCCACGCGCUCGCCCUCCUCGUCUUCCCAAGCAAGAAGGCUACGUGUCUCGCGCGGCCGUGGCCUCGGGCCUCCCUGCCGCCAGAGCUCGUCGUGCAGCUGCCGCCGCAGACAGCCACCGUGCGGUCAAGCACGGCCAAGUUUCUGCUCCGCCUCCUCCCCGUGGAUUGCCGUCACGGCGCUACCGCCGGUGCAGAGCCGACCCGUGCUGCCACACCGUGCAGCUAAGGCCGUGCCACCACGGCUGCUGCCGCCACCACGGCAAGCCGGAGUGCGGCAGCUGCCGGGGACACUGCUGCAGGCCCAGAGCACCGGAGCCAUCCGCGCCGCGGAAGCCACCGCCGGCGGCCAAGGAGGCCAAGCGUCGCCUGCCACCGCGCAACCACUGCCGGCCGGUGCUGAAGGGCGCACCGUUCAUCGUCUGCUCCAGCUGCUUCACGCUGGUCCAGGUGCCCACCGACUUCGCCGUCUCGACCAAGACGGUGCGCAAGCUUCGGUGCGGCGCCUGCUCGACGGUGCUCUCCUACUCCUACAGGGACCCGGCCAGGAAGAAGGCUUACCAGGACUCCCUCGAUCAGUUCAGCACGGACGGUUCCGAGCUGCACGGCGGCGGAGGCUGCGCGGGACAGCCGGACCCGUUCGCGCCGUUCGUCGACGGCUUCGGGCUGAGCAGCUACUCGACGGAGGACGACCAUCCGCUUCACGUCUCGAGGAACACGUCGUUCGACACCAUGGACGGGACGAAAGUGGUGGGCAGGCUGCACCGGCUGAUGGGGUACGGGUCGGCGAGCGAGCUGCUCCGGCACUCCCCUGACCUGUACGAGAGCUUCAGUGAGCGGACGACGCCUGACGUGGGUCGGUACGACAGGAAAGGGAAAGGUGUUUGCGUCUACGACUACGACGUCGAUGACUCCGACGAGGAAGACGGCGGCGCGCUGAAGAGAUCGGUGGCGAGAGGGUCUGGUCGUUGGCCGCUCCCAGGGAUUCUCGGCAAGGGGACCCCUGCACCGGGAGCCAUCAGGAUCAAGUGAUAGCACAUAGCAGGGUAGGAUCGUGCAUAUUGCUGGAAUGGAGGUUUUGGAAUUCAAUCACUGCACUUCUGGUUUUUUGCAAUUCUUAUAGAUGUAGCUGUACCAUUCAUUUUAGCUGCCGUAUUGAUUUACGGCCAGCUUGCUUGUCCAAAAAAAAUUUUGACCGUGAAAAUGCGGUACUAACGAAAUGUGAAUAUCCAGCAUUACGAAUCUCAGAAAGAA